UCCCGGUUAUUUUCAAUGGGCUUGGGCUUCAGUCGAAGUGACGUCACUGUUCUCUGAGGAUGAGGGGGUGAGGGGGUUGGGGGCUCUCGCGGCAGCAGGUGAGAGCGCAUCAGUCGCACAGCGGCAAAGGAGCGGAGCCAUGGGAAAGCUUCAAGAAUUUCACAUCACUUUUACCAACAAUAAGGUGGUUUACGGUCCGGGAGAGUCUAUUAGCGGGACAGUGAAAAUACGAACCAGCAACUCGCUGCAGUACAAAGCUAUCAAGGUGAACUGUCAGGGCUCGUGUGGGAUCUCCAACAAAAUAAAUGAUGCCUCAUGGACUCUGGAGGAGCAGUACUUCAACAGCACACUGUCUGUUGCUGACAAAGGAACUCUGGCAGCAGGUGUACACAGUUUCCCAUUCCAGUUUCUCAUUCCAGUCGGUGUCCCGACUUCUUUUGAGGGACCCUUUGGGAAGAUUCUUUACCGUGUGAGGGCAGCCAUCGACACACCUUGCUUCUCUAAGGACUACAAGGCCCAGAGACCCUUCUACUUACUCAACUUGCUCAACCUCAAUGAGGUGCCUGACAUUGAACGUGCGAGUUACGCUGUGACCACUAAGAAGUUCAGCUACCUCCUGGUGAAGACGGGGACUCUGAUGCUGAAAGCUCGCAGUGACCUGAGGGGUUACAUACCUGGGCAGGUCAUCAAGUUAGCUGCUGAGAUCCACAACAAGUCAGGGAAGGACACGGGAUGUGUACUGGCCAGUCUCAUACAGAAAGUGACCUAUAAGACGAAGCGGCCUGUGUUUGACCUGCGAACCAUCGCAGAGGUGGAGGGAGCCGGGGUGAAGGCGGGGAAACACGCAGAGUGGAGGGAGCAAAUUAUCGUUCCUCCUCUUCCGCAGUCGGAGCUGGCCGGUUGCAGCCUCAUAGACAUCGACUAUUUCAUUCAGGUGUCACUAAAGUCUCCAGAUGCAGUUGUCGUUCUGCCCAUCUACAUUGGGAACAUCACUGUGAACUUGUCUCCAUCGAGGCCUAUGCCCCCAAGUCCAGACCACUGUGGUGUAACCAUUGCACCCAGUGCUGUAGGGGUGACACCAAGUGCCCCGCCGGUAGAGGAGGAGCCAGAGGAGGUGUUGUGUGCAGGUGGCACAGCCAGUGAAGAGAUUCCCACAAAGAGCCACUCUCAGCAGGAUCCCUCAGGUCAGCCAGUCACCAUGUCCCCCAGCGCCUUCAGCCACGCACCAGGUGCAGCACUGCCUCCCAGCCACCGGCAGCCCAACGUGUCUGCUCCACUGUUCUGUGUGUCCACCGGUGCCACUAUACCUUUCUUCACUGAGGGAAACGUGACUCCUAUCCCCACCUCCUGUUCGCUCAUUCUCCCUCCAGAGUACAGCAGCUGCGACUAUCCUCAUGAACCCCCACCCACUUAUGAGGAAAGCUGCAGUAGCGCCAACUCCAGCUUCAACAGUAGGCAGUAAUGAAGAAGGAGGUGAUGAAGCACUGUGGCCAUGCCCAUCCACCCACACCUGUCUGUACUCAUCUCUUGACAAAUCAGGACGGAUUGGUGGAAAUGGAUGGACAAUAAUACAUUCCCCCCUAAACACCCCAAAGACAGUUUCUUUGUUCUUUAACAAGUAAAAAAGGAUCCUACCUUC